AUGAACUGCAUGGUACCUAGUAUUCGGUACAUGCACAUCCCGUCCUUAUCGCAUGCCGUACACUCCGUAGAGAGUAUGUACAACCACACAGGUAGCACCUUCCUCUCUCAAAAGACGCCUACUGUAUCUGUCGAACCUGCGGGCUUCAGUGGCUUCACGUGCCUCGGCAUGGGCACAGUACCCCGUCUAUCGCGCCUCCCCAAUUUCGUCGAAACACCCGUCGUAUUCGCAUUCCAAAAGCUCCCGACACAAGGGCCCAGCCAAUCAGCGCUUGGCAUUAAGGCUGGAAAAAAGGAAGUGCUCAACUGGGUCGAGGGCUGGUUUGCGGUUUGUUCCUCUGAUGGGGCGAAUUCGUCAACAAAGAGGCGAAGGAUGAUCUAUUCCAAGGAUGAUGGUACAAGGACACCGAAAUACAUGACGUUCGGUGUUUUUCUGUUACAUAAAGUUGUUGGGGACGAGCUACCUCGCUGUUCUUCUGUAACUCGGGUGGAUGGAGUGAAAAAAUACCGGGAGCUAGUAAUCUUCGGCCUUGUUCCUCACCCCCAACAAGACCAACAAUGUGAGCUCAAAGUUCGCUCCAGAUCAGAUGUAUCCCUGUAA